UCUCUUUAAAUUGGUGUCAAAGCCGAUUAGAGCUGAUCUCAGUCGUGAUUCUGUUUUACCGUCUAUUCCCUGGAUCUCGUAUACGUGCACGAAGUGAUUCCUGUUUCGAUAUUUGUUUUCUGUGCAAAAGUUAAGUUUUUGCUACCAUGGAUUGGUUCUUUUACUCAUUUGGAUAAGUCGCUUCUGGGGUUCCGUUGGAGAUGGGUUGCGCCGCACAACACGUUUGAACAGCUAACCCAACUUUUCCACACGCGGCAGAAGGAAAAAACGCUUUCUCUUUUUACCCGCAAAGUCUUUUUCAACAUAAUCCGCAAAGGGAGAGGACUUCUCUGACAUGUUGUCGAGUAAAUAGAUCCUGUUGAAAACAGACUGAAAAUGCAGAAGAGUGUACGAUACAAUGAGGGGCAUGCACUGUAUCUCUCGGUGGUUGCGCGCAAAGAAGGCACUAAGCGCGGCUAUCUGAGCAAAAAGACCACAGAAAACAGCCGAUGGCACGACAAAUAUUUCGCACUGUAUCAAAAUGUCCUGUUUUAUUUCGAAAACGACCAGAGCUCUCGGCCGUCGGGGAUUUAUUUGUUGGAGGGAUGCACUUGCGAAAGGGUCCCCGCGCCGAAAGUGUCCGUGGUGGGCAAAGAAACUCUGGACAAGCAGCACUACUUUCUCAUCGUGUUCGGCCAUGACGGACAGAAGCCGCUGGAACUGCGGACCGAGGAGGAAAUGGACUGUGAUGAAUGGGUGGAGGCCAUUCAACAGGCCAGCUACUCUGACAUCAUCAUCGAGCGCGAGGUCCUGAUGCAGAAGUACAUCCACCUGGUGCAGAUCGUGGAGACGGAGAAGGUGGCGGCCAACCAGCUCCGCACCCAGCUGGAGGACCAGGACACAGAGAUAGAGAGGCUGAAAGCUGAGAUCAUAGCUCUCAAUAAAACCAAGGAAAGGAUGCGGCCAUACCAUAUAAAUCACGAGGAGGAAGACCCUGACAUUAAAAAGAUAAAGAAGGUGCAGAGCUUCAUGCGGGGCUGGCUGUGCAGGCGGAAGUGGAAGAUCAUUGUUCAGGACUAUAUCUGCUCUCCCCACGCAGAGAGCAUGAGGAAGAGGAACCAGAUCGUCUUCAACAUGGUGGAGGCCGAGGCUGAGUACGUCCACCAGCUCUCCAUCCUGGUCAACUGCUUCCUGCGGCCACUGCGCAUGGCCGCCAGCUCCAAGAAACCGCCCAUCAGCCAUGACGACGUCAGCAGCGUCUUCCUCAACAGUGAGACUAUAAUGUUCCUCCAUGAGAUAUUCCACCAAGGCCUUAAGGCCCGGAUAGCCAACUGGCCCACAUUAGUUUUAGCCGACCUUUUCGACAUCCUGCUGCUGCUGAACAUCUACCAGGAGUUUGUGCGGAACCACCAGUACAGCCUGCAGGUUCUGGCAAACUGCAAGCAGAACCGCGACUUCGACAAGCUGCUGAAGCAAUACGAGGCCAACGCUGCCUGCGAGGGCAGGCUGGAGACCUUCCUCACCUACCCCAUGUUCCAGAUCCCUCGUUACAUCAUCACUCUGCAUGAGCUGCUGGCCCACACCCCUCAUGAGCACGUGGAGCGGAAGAGCCUGGAGUUCGCCAAGUCCAAGCUGGAGGAGCUGUCCAGGGUGAUGCAUGAUGAGGUGAGUGACACGGAGAACAUCCGGAAGAACCUGGCCAUCGAGCGCAUGAUCGUGGAGGGCUGUGACAUCCUGCUGGACACCAGCCAGACCUUCGUGCGCCAAGGCUCUCUGAUCCAGUUGCCCUCGGUGGAGAGAGGGAAGCUCAGUAAGGUUCGGCUGGGCUCUCUCUCGCUGAAGAAGGAGGGCGAGCGACAGUGCUUCCUCUUCACCAAACACUUCCUCAUCUGCACCCGCAGCUCCGGGGGCAAGCUGCACCUGCUCAAGCAAGGGGGGGUCCUGUCACUGAUUGACUGCACACUCAUCGAAGAGCCAGACGCCAACGAUGAGGAGGCCAAGACGACGGGGCAGGUGUUCGGCCACCUGGACUUCAAGAUGGUGGUGGAGCCGUCAGACGGUCCGGCCUUCACCGUGGUGCUCCUGGCCCCCUCGCGACAGGAGAAGGCCGCCUGGACCAGCGACAUCAGCCAGUGUAUCGACAACAUCCGCUGUAACGGCCUAAUGACCAGCGUGUUUGAGGAGAACUCCAAAGUCACCGUACCUCACAUGAUCAAAUCGGACACACGGCUGCACAAAGACGAUGUAGACAUCUGCUUCAGCAAGACGCUCAACUCGUGCAAGGUGCCGCAGAUCCGCUACGCCAGCGUGGAGCGGCUCCUGGAGAGGCUGACCGACCUGCGCUUCCUCUCCAUCGACUUCCUCAACACCUUCCUGCACACCUACCGCAUCUUCACCAACGCCGCCGUCGUCAUGGACAAGCUGGCCGACAUCUACAAGAAGCCCUUCACCUCCAUUCCCAUCCGGUCCCUGGAGCUGUUCUUCGCCACCAAUCAGAACAACCGGAACGCGGAACACUCCAACGAAAAAUCCCCUCGCCUCUGCCGCAAGUUCUCUUCCCCUCCUCCGCUCUCCAUCCCGUCUCGCACCUCCUCCCCCAUCCGCACCCGAAAACUGUCCCUCAACUCCCCCCUGGGGGGGCCCAAGGCCCUGGACCUCUCCACCAACACCUCCCCCUCCUCCACCGCCGGGAGUCCCACCUCCAACUGCAACCCCACCGUGUCUCCUCCGCCCGGCAACAACAACAACAACCCCCCCACAGCGUCCCCCCCGCCCGGCAACAACAACAACCCGCCCACCGUGUCCCCCCCAGCCGGCAGCACCAAGGCCCCCCUGGACCUGAGCCGGGCCCCCUCCUCCCCGGAGCAGAGCCCGGGGCCCCUGGAGGACGGGGCCGAGACCCCCCGGAUCGACGCCCUCUGUGGGAAACUGCGCCGCAGCAUCCGGAGGACGGUGCUGGAGUCUGUGUCGCUGGACAAGUUCAGCCCAGAGACGGGCCAGGCCAGCGAAUCAGGCGAGGCGUCCCCGUCCCGCUCCCCGUCCACGCCCCGCCACCUCCGAUACCGCCAGCCGGGAGUCCAGUCGGGAGAGAAUUCCCGCUGUUCCGUGUCCCCCGCCUCCGCGUUUGCCAUCGCCACGGCAGCAGCCGGACACAGCAGCCCACCUGCGUUUAAUAACUCAGAGAGGACCUGUGACAAAGACUUCAUCAUCCGCCGCGCAGCCACCAACAGAGUCCUCAACGUGCUGCGCCACUGGGUCUCCAAGCACUCGCAGGACUUUGAGAUGAGCGGUGAGCUGAAGAUUGGAGUGGUCUGCCUGCUGGAGGAGGUCCUGAGAGACCCUGACCUGCUUCCUCAGGAGAGAAAAGCCACAGCAAACAUACUAAGUGCACUUUCUCAAGAUGACCAGGAUGACGCGCAGCUCCGGAUAGAGGACAUCUUGCAGAUGGCUGAGUGCCCCAAAACGGAGUGCUUCGAGUCUCUGUCGGCUAUGGAGCUGGCAGAGCAGAUAACCCUGUUGGACCACAUUGUUUUCAGAAGCAUCCCGUAUGAGGAAUUCCUGGGUCAGGGCUGGAUGAAGGUGGAUAAAACGGAACGGACCCCUUACAUCAUGAAGACCAGCCAGCACUUCAAUGAUAUGAGUAACCUGGUGGCCUCCCAGAUCAUGACCCACACAGACGUGGGCUCCAGGGCCAACUCCAUAGAGAAGUGGGUGGCGGUGGCCGACAUCUGCCGCUGCCUCAACAACUACAACGGCGUGCUGGAGAUCACCUCCGCCCUCAACCGCAGCGCCAUCUACAGGCUGAAGAAGACCUGGGCCAAGGUGUGCAAGCAGACUAAAGCUCUGAUGGACAAGCUGCAGAAGACCGUGUCGUCUGAGGGGAGAUUCAAGAACCUGAGGGAAACACUGAAAAAUUGUAACCCCCCUUGCGUUCCCUACCUGGGCAUGUACCUGACGGACCUGGCCUUCAUUGAGGAGGGCACCCCCAAUUUCACAGAUGAGGGCCUGGUCAACUUCUCCAAGAUGAGAAUGAUAUCCCACAUCAUCCGUGAGAUCCGACAGUUUCAGCAGACUCCCUACAGGAUAGAACACCAACCAAAGGUGACUCAGUACCUGCUGGAUAAAACUCUGACCAUGGAUGAAGACACCCUCUACGAGCUCUCUCUGAAGAUCGAACCCAGGCUCCCUGCUUGAUGGCUGCCACACCCAGAUGCUUCACACCCUGGCUCUGCAGGGGGCGCUGUUCAAGAGGUCGUGGCGCAUUGCAUGCAAGCCACUUUGCAAAGAACAGGGAGAGAAAGAAUGAGUGGUCUCAAUUGAAUACGAGCGAUGAAUGGAGAGAGAGAGAGAGGUGUAAAGAUGAAAUAAGACAAAUGGAAGGGUUAGGGAGUCCGAAGUGAUUCUCUCCCGAAUCCCAAAUUUGAAAUGUCGUUGCAAGCGCUUGCGGCAGAGGUGUACAUAGGUGAACAGGAAUAGGAAGUGAGGGUAGUCUAUCCCUUGUCAAAGGUGAACGGGAAGAGGGAUGGUGUUUAUGCACUGUACUGUAUGUAGCUGCUCCUUAAUGUGGCAAUGGCAGAAGAAAUGUGUAAAAAGAAAAAACAAAGAAGAUAAAAGACAUGUAGCAUGUAUAGAAAUAACAGACUCAUAUUAGGACAUUGUGACUUUCAUCUCUGGCUGCUGUCUUCUAAUCUUGCGUUCUUGGUUGGUGGGGGGGCGUUGACUCAGAUUGCGACAGUGACUAUUUUCAUUCGCCCUGUGAAUUCAGGUCUUUUAUAUUUUCCCGUCUCUCAAUUCCUCAUCUGGGCUUGAUAGGUGCGGAACUGCCGUUUUCUGAUCCCGCAGCACGGAAAGCGGGAUAUUGCUUUCCAGCCUCCGCUCGGAAAUGAGUCUGUGAGCCAACGGUCUUUCGCAGGGAAACUUCAAUGAUGAGAAAAAUCAGUUUCAUAGUAUAAUUGCAUCAUGUUGCAUCAUAAAGUGAAACAGAAUAUGACUGGAUCCACCUGAUGAUAUCUAUGGGAAUGAAUUUCUUUACAUUCCCAUAUAUUUUCCAUGAUUAUUAAUGUUUUAAAUGACCAAUGUAAACGUUGAUAUCUAUGCCAAGAAUAGUUUCAAAGGAAGAAAGUUUGAUUGUAAAAUAGUGUUUUAUUCACACGUCUGUGGUGCCUUUUCGUGAUAUUUUAUACAUAUGGCAUAGAUAUUUGUUCCAGAAUGGGCACACAGCCUCAGUUUUAUUUUUAUCUAUAACUAUGAAGCCCAAACCAAGUAUCUCUAUCACACUUACUUAAAUCUGCUAAAUCCCAAAAUCAUUUACUUAAAUCCCUUAAUUCCUGAAGUAAUUUGUCACAAUUUCCCAUGAAUCUCCUCUAUGGUUAGUGUCAAUGUCAGUGAACACCGGUAGACACCUUCCUGUAAAUAUAUUCCACAUUUAAAUAAAAAAAUGCAAGGGGGAUAAAUGUGGAGCAGGAUAAAGUUUAAGUGAGGUGCAGGCUGGUCUUUAUUAAUCACUCAGCCUAGUUAUUAGCAGAUGUUUGGAAGGUCUCCGGGAUGAGGGGUGGUAAAGCUCUGGUGAAAUUUGGAGAUCUUGCCCUUUCUAAAGAGCAAAGACAUCACACGGCAACUGAGGGUCCAUUUCCUGUCAGCACACGCAAGCAGGAAGUACUCCUCCGUGGGCAGGGGAACAAGUAGUGGAACCCAAGGGCCAGUAGAACUGCAGACAUAAAUAUGGAAACCACUGAUGCUCUAUCACUGCCAGUGGACUUGUUGUAGUGUACAGCUUGAACGUUGAUGUACUCAGAAUAUGAUCUUUUUUGCAUUCGUUUCCCCGGGCUCACUGCACUGGCGAAUUAAUUUUAGACCAGUGCACGUAGAGUGGAUCUUGGGUAUUCUUAAUACAUGCAGUGUCAUGCAUUUUCCCAUGAAUUAACCUGGGAGGUUGGUGGUUCAAGCCCCGAUGUAGCUAUGAUAAGAUCUGCACAGCUGUUGGGCCCUUGAGCAAGGCCCUUUGCCCCGCUUUGCUCUAGGGGGAUAGACCGCUGCUUAGUCUAAUCAACUGCAGGUCGCUUUGGAUAAAAGUGUAAGCUAAAUAGCAGAUUAUUAUUAUUGUUAUUAUUAUGCGUAUCUUAGCACACAGUGCCAGGGGGACUCUCCUUAUGGGAGCUGUUUGAAAUCUCACCUACCCAUUACUAUCAGCACACACUUCCAGACGCUGCAUAUUUUCACUCCAAAGUCUAGCUGUGAAAUUGUGUAGUCACUGCGUCCAGGGAAUGCAUUUCAUAAACAGCUGCCUUAGGGAGACUUCACGAUUUGUAGCUGUUCUUUUAGUGUUUAAUAAAGUGAUCUGAUUUCCCUGCAAAUCUUCUUCAUGAAAUCUCAGCAUUGAUAACUGAAGGCAGCAGGUUUGUUCGGUCUCUAUAAGUUAUUAAUGAAUGACCAAGAUCAGCAGCCUCUGGUCUGGUGUACUGAGACCAAUCCAUGAAUGGACACUCAAAACAGCCGAUCAUGCAAUGCAGUGUUGCUGAUACAGUGUCUCCCUCUAGUGGUCAAUGGUAUAUUAUUCCUUAUUAGUACCUUGGUGCGCUGAUAACCACAUUCACUGUUUGUGGAUUGGCUUUCAAAAUGCCAUGAAGCACCUUGAAGCAAAUUACUCUGAAUGAAAGCAGACGCUUAUUUAAUGACAUUUCAUGGUGUCCCCUUGGUAAAAGUAACAUUUCUUUACCUCCUAUUGAAAGUCAAUUAUAUAUACACUCAGUGAGCACUUUAUUAGGUAUUUAUUAGACUUCUUUUUUUAAGUCUUCUGCUACUGUAACCUAUCCACUUUGAGGUUUGACAUGUUGUGUGUUCAGAGAUGCUCUUCUGCAUACCACUGUUGUAGUGUGUGGUUAUUUGCGUUACUGUCACCUUCCUGUUAGCUUCCACUCAGGCCCUUUUACUCUGACCUCUCUCAUUUCUGCCUGCAGAGCUGCUGCUGACAGGAUGUUUUCGGUUUUUCGCACAAUUUUCUGCAGACUGUAGAGACUGUUGUGCAUGAACAUCUCAGGAGAUCAGCAGUUUCUGAGAUAUUCAAAGCACCCUGUCUGGCACCAGCAAUCACUCCACGGUCAAAGUCAAUUUGAUCACAUUUCUUCUCCAUUCUGACAUUUGGUCGGAGAAACAGAUGAACCUAUUGACCAUAUCUGCAUGCUUUUAUGCAUUUAGUUGCUGCCACAUGAUUGGCUGAUUAAAUAUUUGCAUUAACAAGCUGGUGUACAGGUCUACCUAAUAAAGUGCUCACCGAGUGUACAUCACUGAAUAAUGAGAAAAUAGUUGAGAGAGAAUAUUCCACAUGCAUGGAUAGCUGUAUCGAUUAAUUAUUUAUUUCUGUUGCUAAUAGACUUUUGUUCUUACUGAUGUACUUUUCUGCUUUUGGGACGUAUUCUUGCAGUACACUUUUCAUAAUCAAAAAGUUAUAAUAUAAUUAUAAUAUAAUUUAUAUAGUUAUAAUAUAAUUUACACAAUGGCACUGCACAAUGAAUGCCUUCAUCUGAACUAACCGUGAUGAUCCUUAACAAAGAGAACUUUGAGAAAUGUGUGGUGGGUUAUCUUACAUAUAUAGCAUGAAUAACUUAAAUGUUUGCAUGGAAAAGACAACAACGUGUAAAAAAAAAAAAAGCCACCUUUAUGGUAUAUUAGGUUACUAUGAAUGCUAUAAUUUCAAUAUUUCUCUGAAAAUGUCCUUCAAGUCGAAUUGUGAAUACCAUUCACCAUGUGCAGUCUGACCAACCACUUCUGAGCACCAAACUUUACAUGGAGGUAAAAAAAAAGUGCUGUUUUGAGCACUAAGCAACAGACCUUUGUCAAAUAUGUAAUCGUUUUGGAUUCAAAUGCUUUUCUACACUUUACUCUGGUGUAUUGGAACCUAUGAAAUGCUCUCAAAAAGUGCAAUUCCUGCCUUUUGGUUUGUUCAGUUUUACAGAAAGGUAUUUUAAUCCAAAACAAUUACAUAUUUGACCCAGGUCUGCAAAGUAAAUCUAUUGCAAAAGCAUUGGGGAGUACAGAUGGAAUAAUUUAGCCAAGACUUUUCUCAAAAUAAAGAAGACACUUUUCUCCUGUGUAGAAUUAAAACUACACUGUCUGAAUGUGGUUUUUUUAAAAGACGGAGGGUAAAAUGGUGCUGGAAUUAAUCAUACUCUCAGAAAUGUAGCUUUGCUUGUGUGACACAGUCUUCGUGUUUUAAUGUUGUAUUUAAUUCAGAAUAUAUUUAUUUGACUCCUUUUUUUGUACUGUAUAUAACGUGUUUAUGGAAAUGUACUGUAUAGGUCUAUGAUUAGGAUAUUAUGUCUUGUUGUGAAGCAUUUCAUUUUUUUGUAUUUUUUAUUAUUACCUUUGUUCACUUUCUUACAUGUAACCAGCUACCGUAGAUGUUUUCCUCCCUCAGAGUUUAUCAUUGCAAAAAUAGUGAUAAAAAUGUAGCAGGUUGAUGAGAUUUUUUGUACUUAUGGGUCUGGUGUGAACUGCGUGCGUGUGGUAUGAACACAGAUUAUGUAUGUGCAGACCUGCAUGUUAUGCAUGUUAAAGAACCCUGACCUGGCAUGUGCUUUUCUACAUUACUGUAUUAUAUGUUUCUGUUUGUUUGUUUAUGUCUCACAGAGGAUGUGCAGCUGCGUCUUCACCAUGCCUGUAUGUACGAUUAAAAAGACCUUUUAAGUGAA